CGGGGAAGCUUUUCAAGGAAACGAAAGCGAACUCUGGGGAGCCAUCUUGCGGCCCAGGUGGGGGCCUGGCCGGCGAUAUGUCCCAGGGGCUCAGGGGACCCGCAGGGGUAUUCCCUUACCAGACAGGCUCCUGCUUGGACCCCAGCUAUGAAUACAGCAGCUGGAGACACCUGCAGCCACGUGUGCCCGAGUCUUACCCCAGGAGUUUCCAGCUCCAACAGAUAGAGUUUCUUAAAGGCCGGCUCCCAGAAGCGCCCUUGAUUGGACACCAGCCCCAGUCGCUGCCGCCAUUCUUCCCAGGACACUGGCCACGGUUCCCAGGGCCACCUUCCCAAGGCAAACAACUGGAAACCUGGGGUUUCCCCGGGAGAGUGACCCCUAGAAGUCAGGGCUUCCACAUAGGACUGCCACUUCCUCCCCCACACAGCACGAGUCUGCCAUGGAGAGCGGAUGAUAGACUUUGCUCGCACUUCCAGGAGCUGAGCAUCAGUCAGAAUCCAGAGCAGAAGAUCCUAGGCCGCCUGGAGGAGCUUGGAGAGGGGAAGGCCAUCAGCGCUCAGGUACUAGCCAGAGAGCUCAGGAUCCCAAAGAAGGAGAUCAAUCGUAUAUUGUACUCCCUGGAAAGGAAGGGGAAGCUGCAUAGAAAAGUAGGAACUCCUCCUUUGUGGAGCCUUGCACCCUCACCUCAGGCUUGGACUCAGCCCGCUAAAACUGUGAAUCCAGACAGUUGUGGCCAGGAAGUCCCUCAAGAAGAACCCGGUUUGAACAGUGAAGACGGAGACACUGCCUCUGACUUAGAAGGACCGCUUGAGCCUCUUGACAUGGCGGAGAUCAAGGAAAAAAUCUGUGACUACCUGUUCAAUGUGCCAAACUCCUCUGCCCUGAACCUGGCUAAGAAUGUCGGCCUGGCCAAGGCCCGGGAUGUGAACACGGUUCUGAUUGACUUGGAAAGGCAAGGCGAUGUCCACAGGCAGGGGACCACGCCUCCCAUCUGGUACUUGACGGACAAGAAGCGGGAGAGGCUGCAGAUCAAGAGAAGUACACACAGUGUCCCAGCCACUGUCCCAGAGGCUACCAGAAGCACCUCGUUCCCCACCUGCCAUUCGCCCCCCUCGGGUGCCUCCAGCAGCAUAGCAAUCCCCAAAAAAGUGGAGAAUGGCCAGGAACCUGUGACGAAGUAUGAAAGUAGGUAUGAGGCCAGACCAGGACCAGUGAGGCCGCGGCCACAUGGUUACCACAGUGGCCCCUCUAGAGCAGGGUAUGUUGACUCUGAAAAUGGCCAGUGGGCCACAGAUGACAUCCCAGAUAACUUGAAUAGUAUCCACACAGCACCAGGUGAGUUUCGAGCCAUCAUGGAGAUGCCCUCCUUCUACAGCCCUGUCUUGCCACGGUGUUCACCAUACAAGAAGCUGACUGAGUGCCAGCUGAAGAACCCUGUCAGCGGGCUGUUAGAGUAUGCUCAGUUCACUAGUCAGACCUGUGAUUUCAACCUGAUAGAGCAGAGUGGACCGUCCCAUGAACCUCGAUUUAAAUUCCAGGUUGUCAUCAGUGGGCGAGAGUUUCCCCCAGCUGAAGCUGGCAGCAAGAAAGUGGCCAAGCAGGAUGCAGCAAUGAAGGCCAUGGCGAUUCUGCUUCGGGAAGCCAAAGCUAAAGACAGUGGAAACCCAGAAGAAUUAUCCCCCUGUCCCAUGGAGGAGGACUCAGAGAAGGCGGCAGAGUCCCAGACCUCCAGCUCCUCAGCAACACCCUUGCUCUCUGGGAAGAGCCCAGUGACCACGCUUCUCGAGUGUAUGCACAAGCUAGGGAACUCCUGUGAAUUCCGUCUCCUGUCCAAAGAAGGCCCUGCCCAUGACCCCAAGUUCCAGUACUGUGUAGCAGUCGGAGCCCAGACUUUCCCCACUGUGAGUGCCCCCAGCAAGAAAGUAGCAAAGCAGAUGGCCGCAGAGGAAGCCAUGAAGGCUCUGCAAGAGGAGGCAGCCAAUUCAGCUGAUGACCAGUCUGGAGGUGCGAACACAGAAUCACUCGAUGAGUCUGCGGCACCCAACAAGAUCAGGAGGAUUGGUGAGCUCGUGAGGUACCUGAACACCAACCCCGUGGGUGGGCUGUUAGAGUAUGCCCGCUCCCAUGGCUUUGCUGCUGAGUUCAAGCUCAUCGACCAGUCUGGACCUCCUCAUGAACCCAAGUUUGUUUACCAAGCAAAAGUUGGGGGCCGCUGGUUUCCAGCCGUGUGUGCACACAGCAAGAAACAAGGCAAGCAAGACGCAGCUGACGCAGCCCUCCGUGUCUUGAUCGGGGAGAGCGAAAAGGCAGAGCAGUUGGGUUUCGCAGAGGUAACCCCAGUGACAGGGGCCAGUCUCAGAAGAACUAUGCUUCUCCUUUCCCGGUCCCCAGACGCACAUCCAAAGACACUUCCUCUCACUGGUAGCACCGUCCACGACCAGAUAGCUAUGCUGAGCCACCGGUGCUUCAAUGCCCUCACCAACAGCUUCCAGCCCUCGCUGCUCGGCCGCAAGAUCCUGGCUGCCAUUAUUAUGAAGAGGAGUGCUGAGGAUAUGGGCAUCGUCGUCAGUCUGGGGACAGGGAAUCGCUGUGUGAAAGGGGACUCUCUCAGCCUGAAGGGAGAAACAGUCAACGACUGCCAUGCAGAAAUCAUCUCCCGGAGGGGCUUCAUCAGGUUUCUCUACAGUGAGCUAAUGAAGUAUAACCAACAUACUGCCAAGAACAGCAUAUUUGAGCUUGCCAGGGGAGGAGAGAAGCUCCAGAUAAAAAAGACGAUUUCUUUUCAUCUCUACAUCAGCACGGCACCGUGUGGAGACGGAGCCCUCUUUGACAAAUCCUGCAGCGACCGUGCCGUGGAAAGCGCAGACUCCCGCCAUUACCCUGUCUUUGAAAAUCCCAAGCAAGGCAAGCUUCGCACCAAGGUGGAGAACGGGGAAGGCACAAUUCCUGUGGAGUCCAGUGACAUUGUUCCCACGUGGGAUGGCAUCCGACUUGGGGAAAGACUCCGUACCAUGUCCUGUAGUGACAAAAUUCUACGCUGGAAUGUGCUGGGCCUACAAGGGGCACUGUUGACUCACUUCCUACAGCCUGUGUACCUGAAAUCUGUAACACUAGGUUACCUUUUCAGCCAAGGGCAUCUGACCCGUGCCAUCUGCUGCCGUGUGACCAGAGAUGGGAAAGCAUUUGAGGACGGGCUCCGCUAUCCCUUUAUUGUCAACCACCCCAAGGUCGGCCGAGUCAGCGUGUAUGACUCCAAAAGGCAGUCUGGAAAGACCAAGGAGACAAGUGUCAACUGGUGCUUGGCCGACGGCUAUGACCUGGAGAUCCUGGAUGGCACCAGAGGCACUGUGGACGGACCAGGGAAGGAGUUGUCUCGGGUGUCCAAGAAGAACAUUUUCCUUCAGUUUAAGAAGCUUUGCUCCUUCCGUGCCCGAAGAGAUCUACUGCAGCUCUCCUAUGGUGAGGCCAAGAAAGCUGCCCGAGACUACGAAUUAGCCAAGAACUACUUCAAGAAAAGCCUGCGGGACAUGGGCUAUGGGAAUUGGAUCAGCAAACCCCAGGAGGAAAAGAACUUUUAUCUCUGUCCAGUGCCCAAUGACUGACAGUGGGGCAUGUUUCCCACAGGGUUAGAGGGAGUUCGUGGCAUUCCUCAUCACAUUGGGCCAGAGUUUGGGGGCUUUUGUUUUUCUUAAACCCUCCCCCCUCCCCUUAUUUUAAAUGGAGGAACCAUGAUAGAUGGUACCAAGACCUUUGGUUCCCAUUUAUCCCACUUGCUUUGGGAUUUCGAGGUGGGGUCUGGCCAAGCCUACUCGCACCCUUUUCCCAAGCAAAAAGUCAGAGAUUCAAAGCAGAGGGGCACUUGUUCCCCGUGUAGCUUAGCCAGUCCCUGAUCCCCGUGCCUGGUCCCUCCAGUUUAGUUCUGUGGAGUUGCAUCUCCUUUUCGUUUGCUACACUGACCUCUUGUGGAUUUGAUCACAUUUCCAUCAGUUCUCUAUAAAUCAUGCCGGGGACUCAUGAUGGCACCUCGGUAGACCUACAGGCCCCCUAGUUUCCUUCCCAGAAUUCCUUCUGUGAUGAGGUCUCUCCUUCCCACCCCAGAGGGGGAAGAGUGGACAUAAAGGAUUGAUUACAUGUUUACAAGAACAGGAGCUGAAAACUGAUCAGGGGUUGUAAGGCAAUGGGAAUGUGGUAGAAUGGUUGGGACAGGCAGCCCUGCCCAACAACAGGCUGUGCUGGCCAGCCAGGGAAACUCCCUUUCCUGGGCACGGGAAAGUUGAGAACCAGAUUGUGGAACUGGAUUAAGGUGCCCAAGCCGAGCAGGUGCCCCAGUGGGGGCCCACAGAGCCUAGCCAGGGUGCAGCAAUAUUCCUUGGAAUUGUAGCCACACUCCCGUCUGCCCUCCGUAAAGCAUUCCUAGAGUCUGGCUCUGUCCACAUGGAGUAUCUGUGUGAAGAGCUGAGGAUUGAGUCACGGUAUCUUUGUCCGGACCGAGAAGAGAUGCAUGCAAAGCAUCCUGGUGGCGAGGGCACUGGUGUCACUUGGGAUUCUUCUCAUGGCACUGUUAGCAGAAGUUGACAAAAGCCUUGCGUAAAAUGAAUGUUUCUAGAAGGCCAGAGGUAUUGAUCUGGACUGCAUUACAGACUUGAGAGACAAAUAUAUUUUUCCAUUAGUGAAUGUACUUUCAUUUUACCAGAUGGCUUCCGAAGCUGAUUCAUGGGCGGGGCGCAGGGCAACUGCGAUCUCCCUGGUCUGCCCCGCCCCUUUGGGAAUCUUGAUAUAUAUGUACAGCAGUGUUAUAGGUGACAGGGCACACUAGCCUCCCGCUCUGGGGUGGGCUCCUUGACUCCUCCUCCCCCUAGCACUGAAUUGUGGGUAUGUAGGAGCUUAGCCUCUGUACAGAGUCUGGCUCUAGCACCAACGUCAGAAGGGACAGCUAGACCCCACUCCAUUUGCCCCACAGGACCAAACCCACGCCUUUCCUCUGAAUGGGUGACUCUGUCUGGGAACAGCUGCACCAGCGGUUUCCCUUGCUCACCCUCAGUGCUGGCUCCCCCACCCUCUGGCCACUGCCCGCAGCAACCAUAUCAUAUUCGCACUUAGAUUCUAAUGGCUGCUUGUCUCAACCUAUGAUCAGACCUGGCCUAACAGAAGAACCUGUGUCUAGCAAUACACUGGGGAUGUAUUGUUUGCACAACACGAAGUUAUCCUAUGGAACUGCUAGUGUCGCUAGUAGUGAGGGUCUGCCUGCAGAUUGUGGUUGUCGCUGGGGCAUGUUACAUCCUGACACCUGCAUCUGACUGAGGCAGGUCCACAGUGGCGUCUGGGCCUGGGCAGCCAUUGAUCCCUUUGGCCCCGUCUGGUCCUUCCUGGGUAUUCAUUCAGAGCAGCAGAGCCGUUUCAACAGCUCUCCUCAGCAGGCACACGGGGCUCUCCAGUCCAGAGCUCCACCUUCCCCCUCCGACCCUGGCCUAGCAAACUGUGGUUCCUGGUUUCUGCAGCUGUUCCCGUGGGCCUGCUGAAGCGAACCACUGGCACACACCCUGCCUCCUGGCCCCUGGUCAGAGGGUGGAGCUUCCACCACGUUUUCUUCACUUUUGUGUGUGAUCUUCAUUUUGAGAACGGCCUUCCCUCCGCACCGUUUCUUAAUGAUUCCUGUAGUUGACUUGUCUGAACUGUGACUGUCUUGCAUUCUUUGAAUAAUCACGUGUAAGAGUUGUCAAUGCCUGAAAACUAUUUCCUGUACUCAAAUUGAAGGGAUUUUUGUUGGCCUUGGGGUUUUGGCCGUGACUCCAAGACAGAAUGGAGAAGAGCCCAGGCAUAGCCCUUGGUGCUGUGACGGAUGCAGUCCUUCUUGUGUCCCUUAACAGAUUGCAGUAUACAUUCCUCAGAAAUAAACACACUGAAGCAACAGGA